CUAAAUAUUAUUUUAAAAAAAAUUAACAACUACGAUUAUUAGUCUUAAGAUAUUAUAUACACUUAUUGCAUAACAUGACGAACGACUCAUCAUAUAACGACAGUGACGAGUAGCCACUUGAUGGCCUAGCAGUAUUAUGUUCAUUUGAAUCUGUGGUGUGAUAAUAAACAAUAAGUGUUUUAGUGUGUGUACUAAACAAGUUUUUGUUAAUUAAACUCAUAAAUUAUGUAUGAUAUUUAUGUAAAAUCAGUUUCUUUUACGGCGGGAUGUGCAUCCACAAUGUUAAUAUUAACUCCUUUAUUAGUGUGUAAAGAUAUUGUAAGAAAAAAGUCGUCCGAUCAUGUCAACUUAUCCUCAUUUACCGGAGCUCUUUUUAGGAGUUCAUUGUUUGUUCGACAAGGUUAUUUACUCAAUUUAUACACUAUAAUGUUUGUUCACGGAAUGGGUUUAGUAUUUAAUAUGUUUUAUUUGAUGGUUUACUUAUAUUACUCAACAGAUAAGAACAAAGUCAUGAAGAAAACACUAAAGUUAGCAGUAAUAAGUUCGAUUUUAUUAUUAUAUUCUGUGGUUGAAUCGAAAGACGUAGUCACAGUACGUUACUCAGCCAUUGUAACUGUUAUCCAUUUGUUAAUUAUAGGUUGGCCACUGUUAUCUCUACGAGAAACCAUCAAAACAAAACGAUGGUCUGGACAUCCGAAGCCGAUAUUAAUCAAUACUAUGGUUGUCUGUCUUUUAUGGCUUUUGUACAGUAUCAACGUCAAAAAUAAUAUUAUGUUUAUGCAAUGUUUUGUUGGUUUCACUCUAAGUUUGAUUCAACUGAAAUUGUUAUUUAUCUAUCCUAUAGAAAAUAAUGCACAUCAUAAGAGUGAAAAGGAUAAAUAAAUAACUGGUCAAUUUUAAAUUUGUACAAUU